AUGAACUUUCAGACCGAAGUUGACGUGGUGAACAACUCGUCCGGGUGCAGGCGCAACCCUGAGGUGCCCAUGGACCCUGAGACCAUGAUGCAACUGUACAAAGACACCGGGCUGGCCUACGUGUGGAUCCCCACUCCUGACAUGAGCACUGAAGGUCGAGUGCGGAUGCUUCCUCAGGCUGUGUUCCUGCUCCACGGUCUCCUGGAGAACGGCCACACGGUGUACGUUCACUGUAACGCCGGUGUGGGCCGUUCCACCGCCGCGCUCUGUGGGUUUCUCAUGUACGUGUUGGGCUGGAGCCUCCGCAAAGUGCAGUACUUUGUAACAGCCAGGAGGGCGGCAGUCUACAUAGACGAAGAAGCUUUGUUAAAAGCUCAAUCUGACUUUAUUCAAAAGUUUGGACAGCUGCGAUCCUCUAUGUCAUAUUCUGACGCCUAA